AUGGCUACUGACAACUCCAUUACCAAAAACCAAAAGACUAAUAUAAUGGUUAUUACAGGAAAUGAUGAAACAUUUCAAAAUCUUCUCUCCAUUAUUCAAAAAUCAGAUAAUUGUGGUAAUUUAGCUGAUAUAACAAGACAUGUUAUCACUGAAACUGUUGAAGACAAAACAAAAGCAUCAUAUAAACGUCGUAGAACUGAUUUGACUUGUAACGAUCUAAAAUGUUUAACUAACACUAACAAGUGUGAUAUAAAAUUUAAAAACAGUCGUCGUAUAUGUCGACGUUGUCGACUUGAGAAGUGUCUGUCAGUCGGUAUGAAAUGGAAUUGUACUGCGGAUGAAAAGUUAAACAAGCAGCGACAGCUAGAGAAAAACAGACGAUCAACGAAGAAUGCAGUCACUACUCUUGCGCAGACAAAUUAUGCAGAUGUAUCUCUUGAGGAGAAUGAACAAUUGAUGAACGAACCAGUUAUAGCGCUGGAGCCGCAAAAAAUUCCUGAGUUCGAAUCACUUACUGGACAAGAUCGUUUCGUAUUAGUUAAAUACAAUUCUCCUUUGGUAUUUAUCAUGCGUCUAUGUCUGAUUUACGAUGCAGAUAGAGAUCUCGUAAUUGAUUCAGAAACUGAAAGUGAAGAGUAUGCUAUCGCUUGCAGACAACUGUCGUGCUAUGGCUAUGGAGAACACUUGGAUUUACAAUCAAAUCAAUUAUUUCGUUCGAUCAAGAAGAUUACUGACGAGGAUCCAGUUAUUUUGCAGCUGUUGAUGGUUAUAAUGAUAUUUACCAGAAGUAUCUCAGUUGACGAUAUUGUAGCGGACGAACAGCCAGCUCUUUUGAAUAGUAAACAAGUCUAUGAAGCUCAAUCAAUCUAUACGAGUCUACUAUUUCGCUAUAUGAUUGAAAAAUAUUCUAGCUAUUAUCAAGCCGCACGUCAAUACUCACAACUGAUACAAAAAAUAGUUCAGAUGCAAAUCAGGUACCGCAAAGUACGUAAAACAGGUGAAUAUUAUCAACAGGCUUGUAUAAGUAAAACGUAUGUUUUACACUGGGGAGCCGGUUUUAUUCGUUAG